CCGAGCAGACAGCCUUCCGGCACGCAGCUGCAGCCGUGCCAGCCUGUGUCAGGGCUUCCUCCGUUUUGCUGCAUUUUGAUGUCGCGCCGCGGAUGAAACCGACCUCUCGCUCCGAUCUGGUCUCGUCAAACCCAUUCAAAGUUGAACGAUGGCUGACUGCGCGCGGUGGUUUAAGGCAGGUCUUGCGUUAUUGUGUAUUAUUGGUGCAGCUGAAUCUAAAAGGGUCGUCAAAUGUCCUUCAGGAUGCUCGUGCUCCAAGGAGAACAUCAUCUGCGUCGGGACCUCGCAGAUUCCCCGAACCAUACCGAGUGAGAGCAACUCGCUAAGCAUAGUGAAUGGCUCCAUUGCAGAAAUCUCAGAGGGGAUGUUUGCACUCAUGCCUUCUCUUCAGCUGCUGCUCCUUAAUUCCAACUCUUUGUCCACAAUUAAAGACGAUGCUUUCUCCGGUCUGUCUCAUCUGGAAUAUCUAUUUAUCGAAGGAAACAAGAUUGAAACCAUCACUAAAAAUGCCUUCCGAGGUCUACGAGCUCUGACUCAUCUCUCCCUCGCAAACAACAAGAUGAGAUUUCUGCCGAGAGAUCUGUUCUUUGACUUGGACUCACUGCUGGAACUAGAUCUGAGAGGCAACGCGUUCCAGUGCAGCUGUGAGAACAAGUGGCUGAUGACAUGGCUGAAAAACACAAACGCCACAGUGUCAGAUGUCUUCUGUGCAGGCCCCAGUGAUAUGAAGGGCAAGCGGCUCAACGACCUUCCCAUUCCACCGGGCAAAUGUAUUUCUACAGACUUUGUGCGUCACCAGUCCAUCCCUAUUCAGUCUAUGUCAGCAGACAUCUUCUCCUUUAAAGAUGACAUCUUUGUAGCGCUGGCCGCCCCGAACUCCAACAGCUGUGUGAUCAUGGAGUGGGAUCACAUAGAAAUGAAUUUCAGAAAGUUUGACAACAUCACAGGUAAAUCUGUUGUGGGAUGCAAGUCUUUCCUCAUCGACGCGCACGUGUUUAUAAUCGUCACCCAGCUCUUUGGUGGUUCCCACAUUUUCAAGUUUAAUGAGCAACAAAACAAGUUCAUCAAGUUUCAAACCGUCGAGGUCGUCAACAUCUCAAAGCCAAACGACAUGGAGGUCUUCCAAAUGGACGGUGACUGGUACUUUUUGAUUGUGGACAGUUCCAAGGCAGGCCUGUCUACUCUCUACAAGUGGGCCGACCAACCAGAGCGCAAUGAAACUGGUUUCUAUUCUUACCAGUUUCUCCAUGAAUGGUUCCGCGACACAGAUGCUGAGCUUGUUGAGGUAGAUGGGAAGCUCUAUCUGAUCUUAGCCAGCCGUUCCCAAUCACCGGUCAUCUACCUGUGGAACAAGGGCACCCUGACGUUUGUUGUCCACAGUGAAAUCCAAAAUGUGGAUGACGUGGUGUCCGUCAAAGCUUUUCAGGUGGAAAGUGACUUGUUUUUGGCUCUGGCUUGUUACAUUGGUGACUCCAAAGUGGUCAAGUGGGUCAACAAGCAGUUCACUGAGAUCCUGGCUCUUCCCUCUCGAGGAGCAAUGAUCCUUCAGCCUUUUGCCUUCUCAGACAGACACUAUCUCGCUCUUGGCAGUGAUUACUCUUUCACACAGAUCUUCCUCUGGGAUAAUGAGACCAAAACUUUCCACAAGUUUAAGGAUGUUUAUGUGCAGUCACCACGCUCGUUCACAGUGGUGACCACCGACCGCAGGAGUUUCGUCUUCUCCUCCAGCCUGAAGGGGAAAUCUUUGGUGUUUGAGCACAUAUUUGUAGAUUUAAGCUUGUAAACGACAGGAUAGCAAAAUCUGAGUUCUGAUCGAUUGUGUAUGUUUGCUACAAAGGAAUCUCACAUGCUGUAUAAUCGUACUUAUGCAAUCAGACUGAUUACUUUUGAUUUGUUGUCUCUGCAGAUUAUAGAAAUGUCAAGAGUUAACACAGCUUAAAGCAGAUGCCUGGAAAUUUACAGCAAAAGUGAUCUUUGAAAUCAAAGUGCAUGAAAAUAAUGCCAUGGCAAAUCUGAGGAGAGCUGAGGGAAAGGAAGUUGAUUCUGGCAAUAACUGUUGGAUGCUAUAACUUGACUGUUUUGACAAAUUAAUGUACUUACUGCUCAUUAAAUGGGACAACAUGCAGUCUUGCAGACAGAAUGUAAUACUAAUUUCAAACUGGAUUUGGGCAGUUUGUGGGUGUGCCUGUCUCUAUAAACAAAUCUUCUUCCCAAAGAUAUGAAGUGUUUGAGGAUUGUGCCAAAGUUUCAGGUAUUUCACUCACAUUUGAUCCACUAAAGAAAAGGAAAGAAACUGUGAACUCCAAAGCCAUCUCCUCCCACUAACAAAAUGCAAACAUGGUUUCCCCCAUCACCAUAUAAAAAUGCAGUGGCUAAACAGAAUGAGCCUAAACGUAUAUUAAUGCUAAGUUAUGAUAAUGCUACUGAGUGCCUGAUUAAUAGCAAAGUUAUGUACUGAUUAUUUCUAUGCAAAGUGUGUAAAACUGGGUGUUUAUACAGAAUUACAUUCAAAGGUUUUGUGCUGAUAUGACUUGAAUUUUCUUUUGGUGAUGUUUCUAUUAAUCCACAAAUGUGGGAUUCUUCUUUUUGCAGAUCUGUUUGUCUACAGUGUUUCUCACAGAAAAGUUAAUGGUAAUAUUUUGAAUGUUAAACUGAAUUAUUAGUCAGACAGGUGAAAACAAUAAAAUGACAACUAAGCAAUUUGGAUUUGUAAUAAUGCAACGUUUCUUCCAGCAGUUUUCAUGUCUGAACUUGUGAUAAUAUAUAUUUAUCUGUAUUGCACUGCAUUAACCAUGAAGCAACCAUUAAAAUCUUAAGUCCAAUGUAUGAGUUAUUAAAGAUCAUUUGACUGAC